CAAACAGACCGCACGUGACCCCUACGGCAACUACUCCCAACCCGAGCCGGCAUCUCGAGACUCGCACGCGUAUUAUAAGAACGGCAGCGCAGGAUACACGUCGCCCUCAGCAGCCAACUUCCCCCCGAGAAGUCCGCGAUCCCAUUCACAUUCGCACUCCCACUCCCACUCUCAUCAACCACCUGCCCGUUCCAUCAGCCCAUCCAUCAGGGCAACGCCGCAUAUGACGUCUCCCAGUCUGCGGCAUGCUGCCUCGCCCAGCAUGCAUGCAUCUUCCAAUGGUGGCGCCGCCGCGUCUCUGCCUCCUCUGGGCAAGGCCGAGCCUUCUCCCUUGAAAGCUCCUGCGAGUACUCCCAGCCGCGCCGACCCCAUGUCGUUCUCCAACAUUCUCUCGAGUGCCGAGCCCGUCUCGAAACCAAAGUCAAAAUCACCGCCACCCGUCGAGGAAAAGGAAAAGGAGAAGGAAAGGGAAAAGGAGAAGGAGAAGGAGAAAGAGAAGACUGUCGAGCCCAAGCCCGACCGUGAGAAGCCCCGCUCCGUCGACCCUCCCGUCAAGACCGAGCGCAGCGAGCGCGAAGCCGAGAUCGAGCUCCGACCGGAGCCUGCCAAGGAGAGAUCCAGCACUCCCCUGGCCCGUAAGGAGAGAAAGGAGCGAGUACCUAGAAAGCCAAAGUCGAGAGCUUCCGAUAUCAGAGAUGCCGAAUCCACUCCUAAGAGCAGCCGCCGUGCUUCGUCCAAACUCGAGACACCGACGCCUCGCAUCCCCUCCAAGCGUCAGGCCAAUGGCCAGCCGAAGCAAAAAACCCUCCCUGCUGAUAAGGAAAAGAAGGUUACGGAUUUACUUGCUAAGCUCGAUGCCGAUGCCGACGACCUUACCGACUCUGAAUUUUCUGCGGAUCGUGCCGAGUACCAAGAAAGCGGCAACAAGCGACGUCGCCUCUUGCAAGAUAAGGACAGCAAUCGCAACGUCGAGCGACGCGACGAGUUUUCAAGAGAGAUGGGCCGCCGGCUCGGCACUCACGCCCACCUCGGCAAACGCCGUUACGAUGACAUCUACUACGAGGAGGCCAUGAAUGAGGUCAGAGAACGUGAGCUCUUUGCCGAGAAGGAACGCAAGAAGGACAUGCAGCGCAAACGUCGUCGUGAAAAGUCCAUGGCUGUCACCAUGGAGCAGCAGAAGCUGGCCCUGGAGCGCGCACGAUUGGCCGAAGACGAGACCGAAAAGGCGAAGCACCUGCGGGAUGCCGAGCGUGCUAACAAAAAGGCUCUGCAAACGAAGCUGAUUCUCCAAAAGGGUAUCAAGGGCCCCGCUCGCAACCUUGUCGAACUCAAUCUCGACGGAGGCACCAUGGCCACCUUCCAAGCAUCCGACAUGGAGCCCGGCACGAAGCCCAAGGGCAAGGGUCGCAGCGGUCCUCGACCAAAGAAGUCGAAGGAGCAGAAGCAGGCCGAGAAGGACGCUGCAGAGGCUGCGCAGGCCGCCAUCGACGCCGGCGAGGAGCUCCCGAUCAAGGAAGAGGGCAAGAUCCGCAUCAAGUUCAACAAGAAGGCCAAGGAUAAGGAUAAAGAGAAGAACAAGGACAAGGAUGUGGACCAGGACGAGCCCGACGUCGAGGUCGAAGGCGACGGCGACGUCGACAUUGACGAAGACACCAUUGUCGAGCCUGUCAAGGAGAAGAAGGAGCGCAAGAGCAAGAAGGAGAAGAAGGAAAAGAAGGAAGAGAAGCCCGAGGAGCCUCCUAACAAGGACGCCAAGUUCGAGACCAAGGGCUUCCUCCAGAUUUACGACCAAAUUUGGCGCGACCUCGCCCGCAAAGAUGUCUCCAAGACCUACAAGAUGGCGGCCGAGUCGUACCAGACCAAGGCGUCCAACCUUAAGAAGACAGCCAUUCUCGCGUCCAAGGAGGCCAAGAGGUGGCAGCUGCGGACGAACAAGGGCACCAAGGAUCAGCAGGCCCGUGCCAAGCGUGUCAUGCGUGACAUGAUGGGCUUCUGGAAGCGCAACGAGCGCGAGGAGCGCGAUCUCAGAAAGGCUGCUGAGAAGCAGGAGAUUGAGAACGCUCGCAAGGAAGAAGCCGAGCGCGAAGCUGCCCGCCAGAAGAGAAAGCUCAACUUCCUCAUCUCGCAGACUGAGCUGUACUCCCAUUUCAUCGGCAAGAAGAUCAAGACGGACGAGGUCGAACGCAGUACCGAUAACCCCGAGAUUGCCGCUGAGAACAAGGGCGAAUCUGCGCAUAACAAGCAUCUCGACAUCGCCGAACCGACAGGACCUUUGGGUGCCAAGGUUACCGACUUUGAAAACCUCACCUUUGAGGAGGAAGACGAGGAAAAUCUCCGCGCAGCAGCUGUGGCCAAUGCUCAGAACGCCAUCGCCGAGGCGCAGAGAAAGGCGAGAGCUUUCAACGAGCCCGAGGGUCCCGAUAUGGACGACGAGGGCGAGAUGAACUUCCAGAACCCUGCCGGCAUGAGCGAUGUCGCCAUCGAGCAGCCCAAGCUCAUCAACGCGCAGCUCAAGGAGUACCAGCUCAAGGGUCUCAACUGGCUCGCCAACCUGUAUGAGCAAGGUAUCAACGGCAUUCUCGCCGACGAGAUGGGUCUCGGAAAGACGGUUCAGUCUAUCUCCGUCAUGGCCUACCUCGCGGAGAAAUACGAUAUCUGGGGUCCGUUCCUUGUCGUCGCGCCUGCGUCUACCCUUCACAACUGGGAACAGGAAAUCCGAAAGUUCGUCCCCGAGUUCAAGAUUCUGCCGUACUGGGGCUCUGCCGGUGACCGAAAGGUGCUGCGAAAGUUCUGGGACCGCAAGCACACCACCUACAAGAAGGAUGCGUCGUUCCAUGUCUGUAUCACGUCGUACCAGCUUGUCGUCUCUGAUGUGGCCUACUUCCAGAAGAUGAAGUGGCAGUACAUGAUUCUCGACGAGGCGCAGGCCAUCAAGAGCUCUCAGAGUUCGAGAUGGAAGAGCUUGCUCAACUUCCAUUGCCGUAACCGUCUCUUGCUUACUGGUACUCCCAUCCAGAACAACAUGCAGGAACUGUGGGCCUUGCUCCAUUUCAUCAUGCCCUCACUUUUCGAUUCUCACGAUGAGUUCAGCGAGUGGUUCUCCAAGGAUAUCGAGUCGCACGCACAGAGUAACACGAAGCUCAACGAGGAUCAGCUCAAGCGUCUGCACAUGAUUCUAAAGCCAUUCAUGUUGCGUCGUAUCAAGAAGCAUGUCCAGAAGGAGCUUGGAGACAAGAUCGAGGAGGACGUCUACUGCGACCUCACCUACAGACAACGCGCCAUCUACAGCAACCUCCGGAACCAGAUCAGCAUCAUGGAUCUCAUCGAGAAGGCUACAACGGGUGACAAUGACGACUCAGGAACCCUCAUGAACCUCGUCAUGCAAUUCCGAAAGGUUUGCAACCAUCCCGACUUGUUUGAGAGAGCCGACACGACGUCUCCGUUUUCGUUCGGCUAUUUCGCGGAGACGGCUUCCUUCGUCAGAGAGGGCAACAACGUGGCAGUUGGCUACUCUACUCGCAACUUGAUCGAGUACGAGUUGCCUCGUCUCCUCUGGAGACAGGAUGGCAGGCUGUACAAGGCCGAUCGCGGCAACUUGAAGGCUGGUUGGCGUAACAAGACUCUGCAGCACAUGAUGAACGUCUUCAGCCCAGAGCACAUCCGCGACAGUCUGGAGGGAUCCGACGCCUUCUCCUUCCUGCGCUUCGCUGAUACCAGCCCGGCUGAAGUCUACCAGGCUAGCCACCAGGACGUCUUUACUCGCGCCGUUGAGCUGUCGCAGAAGAAGGAUCGCUUGCCAGUCAUGAAGAUCGCUUACGACGAUCCCGAGGACUCCAACUUCACACCCGCUCAUGCCAUGUUCAAAAUCGCUGUCCGCAACAACAGACAGCCUUUGGCUGACAUCACUCAAGAGGGCAUCAUGGCUAAACUCAUGAACGUGGCCCGAGAGGAGUAUGUCGACAGCGGCCUGGGACGCUUGGAACAGGCCGGUCGCCCGCGCGCCUCGGCGCCACCCAUUGAGGUGAGCUGCUGCAGCCGUGGAACUGCUCUGGAGACGGAAGGCAUCCUAUUCAACAGGUCCAUGCGCAAGAGCCUGUUUGGCCCGACGGUUCAAGAAGAACGUGCAAUGGUUACUGAGAAGCUGCCCUUUGACCGGUUCCCGCCGCGAAAGCUGCUGCCUGCGCCGGACAACGAGAAGAAGAAGUUCAACAACAUUGCGACUCCGUCAAUGCGCCGUUUUGUUACUGACAGCGGCAAACUGGCCACUCUCGACAAGUUGUUGACUAGACUCAAGGCCGAGGGCCAUCGUGUGCUGCUCUACUUCCAGAUGACUCGCAUGAUCGACCUGAUGGAGGAGUAUCUGACGUACCGCAACUACAAGUACUGCCGACUCGAUGGUUCGACCAAGCUCGAGGACAGAAGAGAUACUGUCGCCGACUUCCAGACUCGUCCCGAGAUCUUCAUCUUCCUUCUGUCGACCCGUGCCGGUGGUCUCGGUAUCAACCUUACUUCUGCCGACACCGUCAUCUUCUACGACUCGGAUUGGAACCCUACGAUUGAUUCGCAGGCCAUGGAUCGAGCUCACAGACUGGGUCAGACCCGGCAGGUUACCGUGUAUCGCCUCAUUACUAAGGGCACGAUUGAGGAGCGUAUCCGGAAGCGUGCCAUGCAGAAGGAAGAGGUGCAGCGUGUCGUUAUCCAGGGAGGUGGUGCCAGUGUUGACUUCUCUGGCCGCCGUGCUCCUGAGAACCGCAACCGCGAUAUUGCCAUGUGGCUUGCCGAUGACGAGCAGGCUGAGAUGAUUGAGCAGCGUGAGAAGCAAAUGCUCGAGGCCGGCGAUUUCGACAAGCCUGAAAAGAAGAAGAAGACGACGAAGCGCAAGCGGGUGGUUAACGAGGAUGUCAGCCUCGACGAGAUGUACCACGAGGGCGAGGGUAACUUUGACGACAACCGCAACGGAGCCAACGGAACCUCGGGUACCGCCACGCCUGUAGCUGCCGAGCCCGAAGCGAAGGGAGCCAAGAAGCAACGCAGAGGCGGCGGCAAGAAGGCCAAGACCUUAAAACAGAGACUCGCCCUUGCCGACGGACAAGUCUAGUCCCGUCGUCGACCGGCCGUCUGAUUCGCAUACAAGACGACGAUAGAUAACGAGAGGUCACUCGUAGCGCACAGAUGCGCGGAAAACGGAGGUAUCGAUUGUAGCAAUAUGGUUUAUGGUGGGAACACGCUGGGCGCGCGUGAGAUAUGCCUGGCGUCGGAGUGGACACGCGAUUUGCAUCAAGACGACGGUCGCGGCUAUUAUUAUGGAUGGAUGCCGCGACUCGUU